AUGUCCGCUGCCGGUGCAUCUGUAGGGCCGGGAGCUCUAAUGCUCCAGUCUUCUGGGUCAAGAAUUUCUCCCUUAGGACGAGAGGCUGAAAAGUUGAUGACUAAUGAAGAAAAACAACGUGCUGCUACUGCUGCCGCCGCUGCAGCAGCAGGUAGUUUUCUGCUAUCUAACCGUUCAUCUGGCAACGGUCCGUGUUUAGUUCCUCCACCCCCAAACCCGAUCACUGGUCUGUUAGGUGGUUGUGGUGAUUUCCCUGGUUUCCCAGGCGCAUUUCCACUUAGUGCAGGUUUGGGGGGUACAGAUAUUGGUAGACCGCCUUCAUCGAUCCCACCUAUAUCACAGCAACCCUGUCGAAGUUCAUCCACAGAUGAUGCUGGGGGAGUUGGAAGCCGACAGAACAAUUCGAGCGGAAUGCAACUAGGAUCUAAUUUCCCCGGCCUUCCUCAUUCUGGUUUAUCUGCACUAGCCAACCCUCUAUUGCUUCCUCCACCUACAACUCCAACUACACCUGGUGGGAAUUCCGGCCACAGUAACUCAGCCUCAAUAAGUGGUUCAGUUGCAGAUGAAAAAAGGCGCAAGCUUAACGACCCCAAGGAAAGUGGACACGAAAAUGGUAACUGGCGAAUGAAUGAUGAUAUGCGCUCUAUCGCGGAAAGAGGUUCAAAUCUUGGUGGUACCGGUCGUCGAAGUGGCAGCAGUCGUCAGCCUCUCAAUCUUAGUCCUCAACUUGGUUCUGGACACAAUACAACUUACCCAACCACCUCAAGUGCACCUGCAGUUGGUACAGUUAGUGCAAAUUCUGGGCGUCCACCUCAAACAUCCGAAAUUACACCUUCAACCCGAUGGAAACAGUCAUCCAAAAAUGUUCAAUCUGGACCAGGUGCAUAUUCGUUCAUUGUAUUGCCUAAUGGGCAAACUCGACCCUGUGCAUUGGCUUCUGCCCCUGGAGCAACUACUGCUCAAGGUUUACCUCGCCGACUUCAGCACCUUGCCAGCUUACCACAUGGUGACGUGGUUUGUGCUGUUACUUUAGGCCCUUGUCCAGUAGGACGUGCUUCCUCACUCGCUACAGCCGAUGCCUGUCUUGGAUCUCGCAACACUGGAAGUGAUACAGACAGUGUUACUGUUGGUUCUCCAGGUUCAAAUGCUAUUGCGUCAGUUCCCACCCACUUUGCUUAUACUGGUGCUCGAGGUAGCGUCAAAUUAUGGGACCUCGCGUCAAUUAGUGCUAGCUCUGCAACUGCGCCCCUAACCAGUAGAGAUAUCUCUCCCCUCGCUACUUUUGAUUGUUUAUGCUACGAUAGUUAUGUCCGAUCCAUCAAGCUUUUCCCGGAUGUCACGGGACUCAUAGUUGGUGGUGAAUCUAAUGCACUCACUGUUUGGGAUUUGAACGGUCCUGGACGACGCAAGGCUGAAUUAACGUUUGAAGCACCUGCAUGCUAUGCACUUGCUUUAUCGCUUGACGGAAAGUUGGCGUACAGUUGCUGUUCAGAUGGUCAGGUUACUGUUUGGGAUAUACAUAAUCAAAGUAUCGUUCAUCAGUUUCAUGGACAUGUUGAUGGUACAUCAUGUGUUGAAAUCACUUCAGAUGGUAACCGAUUAUGGACCGGUGGUUUGGAUCAUAAAGUGCGAUGUUGGGAUAUUCGAGGGAAUCCUUCACGAGAUAUCUACCAUAUUGAGUUCAAAUCACAAGUAUUUUCACUUGGUUUAUCUUCCCACGUAACUCCUACUCGUCGUCAAGCCGAGUCUGUUUCUCCAGUCUCAGUGGAUGGCGAAUCCACUUCCAGCGGUGGUGGAGCUGGAGGAGGUAAUCGGGAUGCAGCUAGUCCCCAAUCAUUUGUCAGCGGAAACGUCAAAUUAUCAUCAAAUGAAAGUUGGUUGGCGGUAGGUUUGGAGUCGUCUGAAGUGGAAGUUUUGGCUAUUGGACCAGAAGGACCAUCUGUAUCCGCAUGCUCUGGCAAUUACAGUAUGUCACAUGAGGAAUCUGGAAGUGGUAGUGGAAACCCCUCGCCUGUAUCUCAUCCUACUACAUCCAACCAGCCGCAACAUUUCCGUCUUACUCAUCACGAAAGUUGUGUUCUUGCUUUAAGAUUUGCCCACCAUGCGGAUUGGUUCCUUACAACAGGGAAAGAUCAUCAAGUCAAUGCAUGGCGUACGCCAUAUGGCGCUUGCCUUCUUGAAACCAAGGAGGCUGCAUCGGUUUUGACAUGUGACAUAUCACUGGACGACAAAUUUGUGGUUACAGGUUCUGGAGAUAAGCGUGCAAAUCUAUAUGAAGUUAUUUUUACAUCUCAACGAUAA